GGUCGGCUUCCUAUAUCAUACCCGGCGGCAGCAGCAGCAGCAGUAGUAGCAGCGCUGCGGCUGUACACUGUGUUCUCCACCCGAGGAGAGGAAGCGCGUUUCUCCUCGAGUUUUAAACACAAAAAAUGUGUGUUUUUAAUUAGAGUUAGAUGAGGUUAAUGUGGGAGAAAUGUUUAGCUGUAUUCCGCGCUUUAACGCUGCUCUGGUAUUCUCGUUUCUGAGCUUUUCCUCAUGUGGAGCUUUGUGUUCAUCAUACCAGCACUUUGCAUAAACAAAAUGAUCGGGAUUAAGUAUGACGUGACUCUUCCUGUAGCCGCUGGUGCACUGUUUGUGGCCAUCCCAUACAGCAUCUCACUAUUUGCCCAGUGGUUGUAUGGGUGGCCCAACAAGCCAGGCUACAAAAAGUAUAUAGAGGCACUGAGACCCAGGCGUAUCUACCGUUUGACCAAAGCUGUGCUGGAAAUGCUGAAGUAUCUGCAGUACGGGAAGCUGUAUUUCCAGUGGAAGUCAUGGUACAAGAAUGUGGACAGUAAUAAUAAGUACUGUGUGAAGGGCAUCACUUACGGUCGCAGAGGCAUCAAGCUAGACUUGUAUCAUUCCCCAACCCUGGGUCAGUCAGGUUCUGGGUCUAUUCCAGUUAUAGUGUUUGUGUAUGGAGGUGCCUGGGGCUCAGGAUCGAGAUCAAUGUACUGUCUGCUAGCUCUACAAAUGGCUAAGGAGCUACGUGCUUCUGUUAUUUGCCCUGAUUAUUCCAUUUAUCCAAAGGGGAAUGUUUUAAACAUGGUUCAGGACAUUAGUGACAGUCUGAUGUGGGUGAGAGAGAAUGGGCAUUCCUUCAAUCUGAAUAAAGACAACAUUGUGUUGGUGGGCCAUUCAGCAGGUGCUCAUCUGUGUGCUCUGACUGCACUGUUUCUGGUAGAAGGUGCGGACGAGUUGAGCAUUGAGCAAUUUCAACAAUGGGAAAUUGCAAACUCUAUUAAAGGCAUCAUAGGUCUGAGUGGCGUUUACAAUGUAAUGGACCAUUAUCAGCAUGAGAAAAUGCGGGGUAUUGAAUAUGUCUCUCCUAUGCACAAAGCCAUGGACGGCAAGGAGAAGUUUGAUUAUUAUUCACCCACAGUUCUCAUCAAGAAACUCAACAAGAAGCAGUUGAAAAGAGUUCCUCCAGUCGGUUUAGUUCACGGUACCCAAGACAUCAUCGUCCCAGUGGAGUCAUCAAUGAAGUUCUCCAAUAUCCUCACUUCACUCUCUCUCCCUGUAUCCCUGUACCUCCUGCCCAAAAUGGAUCACACCAAAAUAGUUACGGAUCUCAUGGCGCCACAGAGGCACUUUUAUCACAAAGUAUUUGAUUGUAUCAAACAAGAGUACAGUACAUUUAUUGGGCCUUUCUGAUUUUUUUUUUUAUACAGCAUGCUGUAUCUGCUAACUGCUUUUAACAUUGAAUUAAUGUUUAAGUUUCAUAUUACAAGCCAAGCAUUUUAACCAGAGCCAAUUGCUAUGAUGAUUACUGUUAUAGGUAAUGAAAUCUAAUGAGACUUGGAUUUUAUAUGACUUUAAAGAUUUUCUGAUUUAUGGUCUGAAUUAUUUCUGAAAAGUAAUAAUUUACCAAGCCCAAAAUUUAUAUUUGCACUAUUACUGAGAAAUGGUUUUCAUGUGCACUAGGAAUACGUUAAAAAUAAUUAAUUAUCACAAAUAAAAAAAAGAUUUUUAGAUAGUGCAUCAGUUAGUCCUAAACUUAUGCUACUUGCAAAAAAAAGUAUAAAAAAUAGCCCAUAAUUAUAACACUUUUCAGUGUAAAUGUUGGAAUUUUGCUUGUAUAUUCUGUAUAAUCACACAAGAUCAUAGUAGUGGCUAACACUUGUUACCAUGAUCCAGUGUUAAUCCAUGUUUGUUCAUUUGUAAGGACACAAAUGGUUUUGAAUAUGUUUACAUUUUUAAAUAGGGUAAAAUAGGGACCAGUAUCAUAAAACAAUGGGUUGAAAUAUUGGCCAAAGAUAAGCAUUAUCACCAAUAUAUCCAUUAUGUACAGUGGUAUAAAAAGUGUGGGCACCCCUGAUAAUUUGCAUGGUUUUCCUUUAUACACCAUUGGUUGUUUGGAUCAGCAAUUUCAGUUAAAUAUAUCAUAUAGCAGAUGACCACAGUGAUAUUUGAGAAGUGAAGUGAAGUUUAUAGGACUUAAAGAAAGUGUGCAAUAAUUCUUUAAAAACAGUUAGGCAAGUGCUUCAAUUUGGGCACCCCAACAGAAAAAGUACAUUAAUAUUUAGUAGAUCCUCCUUUUGUAGAAAUAACAGCCUCUAGAUGCUUCCUAUAGCUUCCAAUGAGAGUCUGGCUUCUGGUUGAAGGUAUUUUGGAUCAUUCGUCUUUACAAAACAUCUCCAGUUCAGCCAGGUUUGAUGGUUUCUGAUCAUGAACAGCCUGCUUUAAAUCACACCACAGAUUUUCAAUAAUAUUCAGGACUGGGGACUGAGAUGAUAAUUCCAGAAUGUUGUGCUUUUUCUUCUGCCUGAAUGUCUUGUGUUUAGAGUCGUUGUCUUGUUGAAGUGUCCAGCCCCGUCACAGCUUCGACUUUCUCACUGAUUCCCUGGAGGAGAGCAUGCCAAAAUGCAUGAAAACUGUGAUUAAAAAACAGGGUUUUUUCACCAAAUAUUGAUUUCUGAACGUUUAAAACUUUAUGGAUAUGAA